GGAGGUAGGACUCGGUGUCGGUGCUGGUACCCGGACAGACCUGGACCAUGGCCCCGCUGCUGCUGCUGUUCCUCGGCCUCCUCACCCUGCUCCUGUGCGUCCUCCGCCGCAGGAACAGAAGACACGGUGAACCUCCACUGAUAAAAGGCUGGAUCCCCUACGUCGGAAAGGCACUGGAGUUUGGACGAGAUGCACACAAGUUUUUGGAAGAACAUAAGAAGAAGUCUGGGGACAUUUUCACAGUAGAGAUGGCAGGUAAAUACAUGACCUUCAUCAUGGACCCACUGAUGUAUCCCAGCAUCAUCAAACAUGGCCGGCAGCUCGACUUCCGCGAAUUCACCAGCAGGGUGGCGCCCAUCACUUUUGACUACCCACCCGUCACUGACAGCAAGUUCCCCGGCCUGGGGGAGCAGAUCGUUCGCUCCUUCCAGCUCCUGCAGGGCGACUGCCUCACACCCCUGACAGAUAGCAUGAUGGGUAACCUGAUGCUGCUGUUUCGUCAGGAUCACCUGGGGGCGGGGCCAGCAAAGGAGGGCAUCUGGAGAAGCGCCAAUAUGUUCGAUUUUUGCCACUCCGUCAUAUUUGAGGCCAGCUUCCUCACCCUGUAUGGUAGGCCGCCCUCUGCUCACCGCCACAGCAGCAUGGGCGUGGUGAGGAAGGACUUCAUCAAGUUUGACACCAUGUUUCCCCUCCUCAUCGCUGAGAUUCCCAUCUGGCUGCUGGGCCGGACCAAAGCCAUCCGCCAGAAGCUCAUCAACUACUUCCUGCCGCACAAGAUGGUCUGUUGGUCCAACACCUCGUGGUUUAUCAGGAGACGCUCCGAGCUGUUCGAGCAGUAUGAUGUGCUGAGGGACAUCGAUAAAGCAGCUCAUCACUUUGCCAUCCUCUGGGCCGCUGUGGGGAACACGGCCCCUGCCGCUUUCUGGGCCAUGUACCACCUGGUGAGUCACCCUGAGGCUCUGAAGUUGGUCCGGCAGGAGGUCCACGAUGUCCUGAGACUCGGCCAGGUGGAGUUCAGCAGCGACAGAGACGUGACGCUCAGCCGAGAGCAGCUGGACAAGCUCCUGUACCUGGAGAGCUCCAUCAGCGAGAGCCUCCGCCUGUCCUCGGCCUCUGUCAACAUCCGGGUGGCCCAGGAGGACUUCAGCCUGCGGCUGAAUGCCAAGCGCUCGGUGGCCAUCAGGAAGGGAGACAUUGUCGCUCUGUACCCUCAGAGUAUGCACCUGGACCCCGAAAUCUAUGAGGAGCCACAGACUUUCCGGGUUGACCGCUUUGUGCAGGAUGGCCAACAGAAGACGGACUUCUACAAGGACGGUCAGAAGCUCAGGUACUACCUGAUGCCGUUCGGCUCCGGCUCCACCAUGUGUCCCGGCCGAUACUUCGCCAUCAACGAGAUCAAACAGUUCCUGUGUCUCCUGCUGCUCUACUUCGACCUUGAGCUGGAGGAAGGUCAGCCCAGAGCCACCGUGGACCUCAGCAGAGGCGGACUGGGGGUCCUGCUGCCCGCCACAGACGUGCGCUUCCGCUACAGACUGCGAAAGUGAUGUGUGAGGGCUCUGGGCUCGACCCACAGUAGGUGAUCUGAAUCCAGUUCCAGUCAGACCAGAGCCACUGUAGGUUUACUUAUAACAAUGUUCUGGGUUCUGUUCUCUGUACAUGGAUUAACAGAAUAGAAAUCUUUGUUGAUGAUGUCACAUCUGUUGGUUCCUCAAAGGCUCAUGUAGCAAAUCAGAAACCAGCUGAUCAUAGUUUCAUACAUACCGUGUCGUCACCACCAUUUUAGUCAAGUGAAUUCUGUCCAUCACUUCCUGUGUGCCGAGCCCUUUGUACUGUGCGGUCAUGUUUCUUCAAUGUGAACAGCAGAUUGUAAAUACUGAUGAGCUGAGCACAGAUGUCAGGCCAUACACAUCAGCAGUGUUUAAUAAGCCUGGUAAAUUAACUUUAAAUUCACAUGGUAUUGUGGUAUUUGUUAUAAUUAGCUUUACAGUCCUGCUACUGAGACUGAGCUUAAAGGAACAUUUCUGUAAACCCUCUUGUUCUGUCUUCUCCAGAGGCCAUUUAACUCCAGUUUUUCCAGUGCAGAGAGUUUCUGGGUGUGUUUGGCUCAGUGACAUAUGUAUGGUGGACAAGCCAAAAUACUGUGAUUACGGCAGCUGCCAUUUCACUUUUUUUUCAGUAGAGACCAGAAGGGGAGUGACAGCAUCAAACGGCCAAUCAAAGCUGCCAAAAUCAACUGACAUGCCUCUUUUUAUAUCAUCAAAUAACUAAUUAAAACAAACUUACCAGAAAAAUGGUAACUUGUACACACAGCCUACAACAGAAGUGACGUCUGGGAAAAAGUGUAUAUAAUUUGUACUUUGAGUUUUUAGUUUGACUCAUGUCCCAUCCACUAACCCGGAGGGGGGAUGGUUUAUGACCUACACUGCAGAUGUGAUACCCACCAAUGGAUUGUCACAGUUGUUGAGUUGGUAUGUGAUGUUAUAUAUUUUUGUGUACAAGACAUGGCCAAUUUGUCUGUUUGUAAAGGAUUUAAGUUUUCAGCUAGGUGGAGUAUGCACCUCAGGAGCGCUGGUUUGACAUCUGCACGACCUACUGUACGUUUCUUCAGAUGGGAAAACAGCCU